AUGCUCCCAAAGACCCUAAGGGCAGUGGCGAUCCCAGGGGCCCUGCCAGGGGAGGCGGCAUCCCCAGGGCCCCUCACAGGGGCAGCGGCGCCCCCAGGGGCCCUAUUAGGAGCGGCAGCGUCCCCAGGGGCACUGCCAUGGGCUGUGGCGCCCCCAAGUUCCCCUUCCAGGGGCUGUGGUAUCCCCAAGGGCCCUCCCAGUGGCGGCAACACCGCCAGGGGUUCUCCCAGGGGCGGAGGCGAUCCCGGGGCGCUUGCAAGAGCGGGGACACCCCCAGGAGGCCUACACAAGGGUGGAGGCGCCCCUAGGGGCACCUCCCAUGGGCAGCGGGGUCCUCCAAGAGGAUGUCGCGACCUCAGGGGUGCGGCGGAUCACCUAGGGGCCCUCCCAAGGUGCGGUGGCACCCCCAAAGGCCCUCCCAAAGGUGGUGGCGACCCCAUGGGCCUUGCCAGGAGCAGCUGCACUACCAGGGGCCCUCCCAGGGGCGUCGGCACUCUCAAGCGCCCUCUCAGGGGCGACGGUGCCCCCACAGGUCCCCCCAUGGACGGUGGUGCCCUUCAGGGCCCUCUCAAGGGCGGCGGCGCCCAUAGGGGUCCUCCCAGUGGCGGCGACCCCAGGGGCCCUUCCUGGGGCUGUGGCGCCCCAACUAUGGGUAUUCAAAGGGCCCUCCCAAUGGCGGCGGCACUCUCAGGGGUCUUCCCAGGGGCAGCGGCGCUCUCAGGGGUCUUCCCAGGGGUGGUGUCUCCCCCAGGGGCCCUCCCAAGGGCGACAGCGACCCCAGUGAAUCUCUCAGAUGUGGAGGUACCCCUAGGGGACCUCACAGGGGCAGCGGCAUCCCUUGGGGGCCCUCCCAAAGGUGGCGUCGCCCCAUAG